AUGUCGAGCACGAAUGGCUCCCUGCGAUCCGAAAGACCUGGCAUCAACCGCGUUAGAUCGCGCAGUGCGUCUGUCAACAAGAUCCCGACAAGUCAGCCAGGGCGCUUCCCGCGCUCACCAAGAGCCCCGCCGACGACGACGCUAGGGGUAUGGCAGGCGUAUGCCAGAGAUAACACCUGGUUCGUUCCAAUGCUCAUCAUUCUCGCCGCAAUUGGCUUGUAUCUGAUGGAUCCGACUGAACGGAAUCCGGCAAAGCCAUUCUUGUUUGUGAGCUAUCCUGUGGAAGGCACAAGUCCACGGUUAUAUGGCAAAGGCAAAGCCGAUGCUCUCUUCAUCUCCUUCUACGUCGUCGUUUUUACCUUUACAAGGGAGUUUUGCAUGCAAUGGAUCCUCGCUCCAUUGGCGCGCUCACUCGGCCUCAAGCGCGGCAAGGUGCAGCGAUUCAUGGAGCAAGGCUACACCAUCAUGUACUUCACCGCAUCAGCGUCCUAUGGCAUCUAUGUCAUGUCGCAUACAAGCAUGUGGUACUUUAAUACACACGAGUUUUACGCCGGUUACCCACACAUUCUGCACAAGGCCAACUUCAAGAUUUACUAUCUUUGUCAGUUUGCGUACUGGCUGCAACAGUUCAUUGUGCUUGCUCUGCAGCUUGAGAAGCCAAGAAAAGACUUUCACGAGCUGGUGGCACAUCACGUUGUCACUCUGCUGCUUAUCGGGCUAUCCUGGAAGUUUCACUUCACCUGGAUUGGGCUUGCCGUCUUCAUCACCAUGGAUUCUUCAGACAUUUGGCUUGCCCUCUCCAAGAACUUUAAUUAUAUCGACUCGCCACUCACGGCACCAGUGUUUGCCACAUUUAUCGGGGUCUGGUUCUACACGCGCCUCUACUUGUCUGCGAUUAUUCUUUGGAGUGUCUUAACAGAAUUUGAGACGGUGGGACCCUGGGAGAUUGACUGGGAGAAGGAACACUACAAGUGCUGGAUCUCGCAGUAUGUUACCUUCGGGCUGCUUUUCAUGAUUCUGCUGCUUAAUAUUUACUGGAGCUUCUUAAUUGCCAGGAUCGCUUAUCGCUUCAUUCUCUCAAACGAAGCCAAGGACGAGCGUAGUGACGACGAAGACGAGGCCGAACAGGAGGCGCCUGUGCAAAAGAAGCGUCAGUGAAUGCUCGUGGCCCUA